GUCGACGAGAGCACACUCAAUGAUGCCCUUAGUAGAACAGACGUGAAAUCGGCUAAGGCAAUCUCUAUCGAGUGCGACGUAGAGAGCUAUUCCAUUGAAGAUACCGAAUCCCAACCCUCAGCCGAACUGGAAACUGAGGGAACUAAAAGAAAAUCUGCAAAAGAUCGCCUUUCUGCCAGAGAAUACGACAAAAGCAUCCCCAGAACGCAUUUAGGAGUUGAUUUCGAUAGCUCGGGACCCGAAGUCGUUGAGGCCAUUGCCAAAUGUCUGAACGAAGAUAAAAUUGAUAUAAUAGAUAGAAUAGUCACAACUCUGGGAACAAAGCGUGCCCUUAGCUUUUGCUACCUAGCUGAAGAUAUCGAAAAUCGGGGUGGUUUCUUCGUUGCAGAUGGGUCGCGCCGACGAACGCCUGGCGGCGUCUUUCUCACCCUUAUCCGUCGUUCCGAUGAGGUCACUAAGGCGGAGAAAAAAGCAAUCUUCAAGGAGACAGACCAAGAAAAACUACAGAGAAAAAAACUCCUAAAAGCGGAGAAACGACGCCUAAAGCGAAAACUUAACGCGGAUCACGACUCGCAACCCCAGAAACCUUCAGCCCCACCCGAUGAGGAUGAGAUACUGGAAGAUAUUCCUUCACCCGAUGUGACCAUAGAAGCUCCUGACGCCUAA